AUGGCGCCAAGCCUGACCGUUGCCCACGACCACGCAAGCGCGCAGGAAUUUGAAAGUCGCGCAUGCGGUUACAGCGUCUCGCAGUUCGUCCGCGCGUGUGCUGAAGUUCUAGAUGAAGCGCAGUUGUGCCGCGUUGCCAUCCGGCUCGUCGAGUACAAAAACCUGAAACGGCAGAAACCCUCCAGCAGGGACGCGGCCAUCCGGGCCAUCAAAAAACUUAUUCCAGGGGAACAUCAAGACCUAAUAGUCGGUCACUUGAAUCGCUGUAUAGACGCCAUCAACCCUGACCAGUUCCACCGUCUGGCGAAGCUGGCACGUUCGCGGCAUUACCCCGCUGACGAUUUCCACGAGAACGUCCCUCAGUCUCGGCUCUCUGACUACACGUCCGCCGCGCGGUUCUUAACGAGAGCUUCCUAUCACGAGGCGCAGAAAUCCAAGCACGCCGACAGCGUUCGUCAAAAGGCCGACGCAUACGAGGCCUUAUGCGAUGUGGGAGAUAUCGGCGUGGCUGCGACGGCGGAUGGUCUCGUUCGUCAAGUCGCCCGCAGGCCGCCGUCACCAACGCGCAUGCAGGACAAACGAGUAGGGGAGUUUGUGGUGCAUAUCGAGGAUCCGUCGAUACCGGCCCCAGGCAGCACAACUGAGCGCCUCGUGUUCAUUUCGAAUAUCCCUCACGGGCCCCGGAAGAAGAUACGAAAGGCUAUCAAGGAGGCUUUCAUAGGGUGCGGCAAAAUCGUCAAUCUCGAGAUUUUUGACGACCGACUGCGGACGGUGGAUGAGCGAGAUGAGGAGUGGCUGCUGUAUACGAUGCAAUUGUCUGGUAUUGGUGUGCAGCUGUCGCUCCAGAAGCGCGGCGCAAAGGCGUCCUCUGAAAAGCUUCGCGGCCGCUUUUCACCGAUCUUUGCCAUAGCAGAGUUCGACACAGUCGAGGCAAAGCAGCGAGCGUGCAGCACGUAUCUUCGCAUCUUUGGCGUCCCUUGCAUUGAUCGACUUCUCUACGUAGAAGAUGCUGCUGACAAAAAGACACUUGUGGCAAGCAAUCUGCCCUUCGGAUUGGCUGCCGAUGAAAUUGCACGCAUCCUCGCAUAUGCUCUCGCCUGUGACCGAUCAGCGUCGUCGGUCCCAGCUAGCAUAUGUAGGAUCGAGAUGACGAAUCCCCACAUCUAUGGCUACAAAGAUCUGGUGGUCGAGGCCCGCUCAGAUCGCCCGAGUCCUUACUUUGUUUGCCCCGACGUCGCUGGCACGGCGCCGAUGCCAGCCUUAAAUCAGGGUGCAUCUGCUGGCGAAUGCAUCCCUGUCCAUGUUGGGGACAGGUCGCCGUCGCCGCCGCUCGUGCUGCUAAAUUCGUCGAGUCAGGAACGCAUGAGUGCUCAGGACUGUCUGAGCCCGAGUCCGGUGGUUACGAAUGAGUCACGUUCAGACCCGUGCUCAGAAAGCGCUAAAAACCGCAUUCACCUGUCCGGCAACGAAUCAGAGAAUUUCAUUCUCGCCGGCAGUCCCAGCUUGUUUCCCGGGGCGCAGACACUGCAUUUCUCCGAUCGGCACUUACGCGCCGAGAGGCCAAUGCUGGGGUUUGUCGGGGAUGAGCAACCCGACGGGUUUAUUGCGGCGCAAGUUGGAGUGCAGCCAGAAGUACCGAUGAUGGAGGCCACAGGCAUGCGUCGCGCAGCACCCGCUGCAGCCAGGACAGUUCAGCUAGUCGCUGACGGUGAAGGCGUCGCUCCAGUUCUGACAACCGAAGAUGAUCAGUCCAGAGGCGUAUUGACCAGCUCAUUGGGUACGGGAGGGCCACCACGCCCGUUACCGGGGUCGAUGCAGUGCAGCAGCGAGAACUUGCGUACGGACCAGCUACCACAGCUUUUGACAGUCUGUCCUUCUCGCGGCUGCCACGUGGCUGCCUCUGGAACUGUAUCUGACAAUGGAGGCCAACAACAAUCUGACGGCUGCGCUUCAGCGCCAGGAAGCCAGGCGGCAAUUGAUCCGUCUUUGUUGCUCGCAGUCGAACAGCCUCCCUCUCAGCAGCAAAAUUCCGUGCGGCCAGCCGCAAGUGGGACGUGGAUACAGGACGGCGGACAGCUCGUGCCACAUAUUCCGGAACACGGCCAGCUUGAAGCCCUCUUUGCGGUCACCUUGAGCCAGACGGGUGAUUUAAACGAGGAGACCUUCUUUCCCGAAGAACGGCCCGACAGCGUUGAGGGACACUCGGCGGAUGUCAGCGACGUCUUCCCCGUCCUCCGGCACGAUCAAGAUAUGGCAAACGUCGUUCUACAAAAGUUCCUAACCGACCGCCUCAACGCCCAGAAUGACGGAUUAUUUCUGUUAAGGUUUCCAUCAUUCGAGGCGGCUGCAGUCGCGAUCCGAAAGUGUAGAGGAACAGUGUUAUUCGACAGGCGUGCUCUUCUUAUCUUCUCACCCCGGCGCUGCAUCUCUGUCGAUGGAAAGCUGGUCGACCUGCCGCUUCGCUAG